CUGCCCGCGGCCGCACUUGCCGCUGCUGUUUCCUCUGCCACACCACACCACACACCAGCAGCCGCCAACCGCCAACCACCGCCGCCGCCUCAGUCGAAAGUCAAAAGCAACGUGUUGUGGACGCUUUUUCGUCGUCGCGUUGCGUUCGCCUUUUUUGCUGCUGCCUCCUCUCUCUCUCUCUUUCUACUCUCCCACCACCACCACCACCUCCAGACGCAGCAGCAGCAGCAGCCUGCACCUCCUACCCACCUCAGCCUCAUUGCACCCACCUCCACCACCGCCACCGCACCAGCCCACCACCCAUCCCAGCCCCAUCAUUGAGCACAGCCAGCAGCUGCACGGGGGAGCGGGCACAGGAAAACUUUCACCACGAUGUCCAGCAGCGCCGCAGCAGCGCAGCAGUACAAGCUCGAUGCCAACUCCAAUGCCAUAGUGCUGCCUCUGCCGCUGCCACUGGCGCUGCCGCCAUCCCCAACAUUGACGCCAACACCUGUGGACCGCGUCGAAUGGUCGCGCGCCACCAUCCUGGGCUUCAUCGAGGACUACCGUUGUCAGCGGGUGCUGUGGGACCCCAACACAAAGGGCUACCACAUCAAGCAGACGAAGUACGAGGCCCUCAAACUGCUCAGCGAGAAGUACGGCACGGAGAUCCGCUCGAUUCGCUCCAAGAUCAAGUCACUGCGCAGCUCUUUCCACCGGGAGCACGGCAAGGUGCUGAGCGGGCGCAACCGGGGUGUGCUGUACCAGCCCAUGUGGUUCGCCUACGAGGCCAUCCGCUUCAUUCUGGACGGAGAGCGGGACGGUGGCAGUGCCCUGGACGGAGACAUAACCGUAAUGACUGUCGAUGGAGUCCACUGCGAUCCAGACGUGGAUCCGGAGACGGACGAGAAGUUGGCGCUAAUGCACAGUCUGGAUCUGGAACAGCUGACGGCUGCGGCGACGGCAGCGGGAAAGCAGCAACAGGUUGUUGAUCAGAAGCACGAGGAGCUCGCCGCCCGCAUUGCAGCCACUGUCGCUGCUGUGGCAGCGGCUGCGGCAGCGGCCAAUGCCAGGGAUCGCGACCGGGAUCGAGAACGGGACCUAAGUCUGGACAGGGAUGCUCAGAAUGCUGUUGGCGCCGAGGAAGAUCUCGACGAGAGCGGCGAUACUGGUGGGGGCUGCCGUCGCCCCCCCUCCUCAGCGACUGUGACACGUUCCUCGUCCGAUUUGGACGGGGAGAAUUACUGUAGAAUCAGCGCCGAAGAUGUGAAAACAGAAAUUAUAGAGCACGAAUCCGAGAUGGGUUUGCUGGACAGACAGAGCAGUACGCCCUCGCCCAUCAACUACUACAAGCCAACGGACCUCACCUACAAUCAUCGGAAGCGCAAGGCGCUGGACGAGAAUGGUGCGGGCGUGGUCCUGGGCAUGGAGCAUGUCGUGGGGGCCCUGACACUGACGCCCAUCAAGACAUCGUCUUCGCCGGCGACGGCACAUGCGCAAUCGCAAUCGCAAUCGCAGGGGCAGCAGAUGAACCACGGCCAGCUCGCGUUUCACGCGCUGCAGCAGCACUUUAACCACAACCACAAUUGCAACGGGCAACCGCAACCGCAGCAGCAGCAGCAACAUCCACAACAGCAACAAAACCAGCAAAAACAUUCCACAAACAUGGCACAAAAACGUGAUCGUGAUCGUGAUCUCUCAGCAGCGUUGGCAGGAGGCGGCAACACCGCCAAAAACAUCAACAACAACAGCAGCAGCAACCACAACGGUUCCAGUUGCAACACCAGCAACACAUCCUUGGAUCUGGCCACCGCCACGGCCGUAACAUCGAGCAACUGCAGCUCCAGCAGCGGUGCCACACCGCCAAAGCAAACAGGAUUGAGUGCCAAUCAUGCGGAUGAGUACGGCGUAUUCGGGGAGUACGUGGCCAUCACAAUCCGCAAACUUAAGACCUCAAAGUCAAAGAUCGCCGUAAAGCAUCUCAUAAACAACCUGCUCUACGAGGCGGAGCUCGGUGCCUACGAUCAAGGUAUACCCUCCACCAAGGAGCCACCGCAGCUGUAUAAGAUGUAGUAGAUGUAGAUGUAGGUGUAGGUGUAGUAGAGUGUGAAGCAUAGCCAGUAGUAGUAGUAGUCCAAAUGGAGGUUGAAAAAACCCAAACAAAAUAUAGACGAUGUAGGACAAGAGGAUGGAGAGACAACGCACUAGUCAGCAAAGCAACAAGGGGGAUGGGGGGGGUGGGAAAACCAGAGCCAACAAUUCUAAACUGGAUACCAGGGGCGGGGCGGGGCACAUAUCGAGCAUUUCAUUCAGGGAAAACACUUUAUCUAUCUAUCUACAUACAUAUAUAUACAUAUAUAGACACACACACACAUAUAUACAGACGAUAUCUGUGGGUAUAUCGCAAGCGUAAGUCAGUCAAACAGUAGAAGAGGUUGGAGCAACAAACAUACCAUUAAAUAAAAUGAAUUAAUUAUAAAUGCUUUACGUUAAUUGUGUCUUUAUACACACUCAUAUACAUACAUACGAAUAUAUGUAUGUAUAUCUAUAUUAUUAUUAUUAUCAUCGUUAUUCGAUUAUAGUUUUUGAUUUUCGUUUAUUAUGAUUUUUAUUUUAUUUGAUAUACAUUUGGCAAUAACAAUUUGAACUCAGGUGCCUUUAUUUUUUUUAGUCAAUUAAGUCUUGUUAUCUUUAUGCAUAAAUACAAAGCGAAACAGAAAAGCGCAUAAUAAUUGCAGAAAUCUGCAUACAAUAAAUGAAAAAACCCUUAGCAAACAUGUAAAUUUAAUUAACUUUUUACCGCAUAUGCAGAGCCAUAUGUUUAAUCCUAAAUCUGUAAAUAGCCUAAAGAAAAAAACAAAAAACAAAAAAAACAAACGAGAGACAAAUGGAACAUGAAAUGUGUAAAUCUUAAUUUUUGUUAUGCAUAAACAAUGUACAUAUGUAUGUGUGUGCAGCAGCCUAAUAAAUUACGGAAAUGUUGAAUUUCAUUUUGAAAAU